UUUCUCACACAUACAGAAGUUAUCCGGUAUCUCUAGCAGGGAAGGAACUCAAAUCCCCACCCUGCCGCUCAGCAGGUGAUGAGAUAGAAGUGGGAAGUAAACAAUUGCAACUCCAUUUGUAACUCAGCGCACGUUAGAGUGUCCCCACACGAACAUCAGGAGAGAUGAAGAAGCUGAACAUGGAUUCCUGGAGAGAAAUGUUUUAUGAGAAGAUAGAGGAGGUGAAGCCACAAGACAACUGGGACUUAAAGGUGCAACAGAACCUUGAUUACAAUGACUUGGGACCUGGCUGGAAAAAAUCACUGCAAGAACGUGCAUUUGCCAGCUUCCAGUGCUCAUGGUGCCAGCAUUUCUGGGCAUCAGUUCAAGUGGUUAUUCUGUUCCACAUGUACCGGGACCUGCACAGGAGAAAAGGUUGCGUGAAGAUGAGAGUCUUUAGACAAGAAUGUUAUGAGUGCUCCAAGGGUAAGUUAGAAGAGCCAGAUUUCAAGGAGGAAAGCGUCCAGAGGGUCUUGGAGAACUUGGUCAUCAGCAUUAGAGAGAAAUGCUAUGGAGAGUACGUGGACCACACCCAGUUAUCCGAGGUUACAGUGAUAGGACAGCACUAUGGACCACAUCAGAGUGACCAUUGUGAGGCUUGUCGGUUGGGAAUACAUCAGAGGCCCAAACGCUCAAUGUAUUAUGGAAGACCCAAAGACACAGUGUACCAUGGGACAUCCAAAGACACAAUGCCACCAGUUCAGCUACCAUCACACAAUUUACCCCAAGACACGAUUUGCUGCGUUUUCUGUACUAUUUGCAUUUUGAUUUUUAUUUAUAUGAGCAGUUGGAUACCACAGCUAGUCAAAUAGUGGGGGUAACCCCCCCCCCCCGAUUCAUGAAUAAUUGCAAAUAUAGUCAGCUAGUUUGGUUUGCUCUGAUUGGUGCAUUUGUAUUACUUAUUUUACCUGAGUGUGUAAAUAAUUGCUGGGUAUUCAAGAACAUUUUUGAAAGUCCCCAAAAACUUCAUGAAUUCUGGUGGGAGUGAUUCUGCGUCUGAAAAUUCCAACCAGAACUACAUCAUUCAUCCCUCUCUUUUCUCUCGUUAUUGUUCUCUGGUUUGAAAACUUCCAGUUGGCUAAUCAAGGAGCAGAAACACUACCACCUGACUCAGGUGCCAGCCACACACCAGGAGUAACAAAUGGCUAAAACGAGGUUUGUGAACAGCCCCAGAGACUGAAAUUAUUUGUCUGGACUCUUUGGCAAAUCCAAAUAACCAACACGUUGGAUCCGUGAACCCAGAAAGGAGCUACUUUAAUAAUGAACACGAUUUUUGACGACUGGUUCAGCUGGCUCUAUCUGUUACCUUCCCGUUUUUUAAGGCAUUUGACGUUGAAAACUGAACAACAGGAGAGAGACUGGAUUUAGCAACUGAACUAUUUGAGGAAAGAUGGGCCAAAGGAGAUGAGCUAAUUCAAAAGAGAAUCAUAGCAAUGUCAUGCUGGAGGGGAAGUCAAGAGGUCAUCUAGUCUACCCCCACCCCCUCCAUGCUAAGGCAGGAUAAAGUAAACCUAGACCAUCUUGGAUAGAUGUUUGUCUACCCUACUUUUAAAACCCUUCAGUGAUGGAGAUUCCACAGCCUCACUUGGUAACCUGUUCCAGUGCCCAGCUGUCCCUAAAGUUUUUCCUGAUAUCCAACCUAAAUCACCAUUGCUGCCAACAAAACCUAUUACUUGUUGUCCUACCCUCGGUGAACAUGGAGAACAACUGAUCACCGUCCUCUUGCCUUUGACAUAGUUAAAGAGAGUUAUCACAUCCGCCCUCAGCCUCCUCUUCUCUAGACUAAACAUGCCCAAAAUUGUGGAUGCAACUUUUACAAAGAUGAUACGGACCCCCAGUGCAACUCAUAACACCAACGGCUUCGCUGCGAUGCAGUCAAUUACCUUCUGUGUUGCUCACCCUUCUUUCCUCUUGUGCAGGAAAUGAAUUGUUCCAUCAAUAAUUUUGUGUCUCUUUCAAAAAAAGUGAGUAACUGAAACAGCCAAGGUGAUGGGAAGCUCCGUUGCUGUCUCUUUAAACGCCAUAAUGCAGGUUGGGUAGUCACAAAGCCACAUGUGUAAUGUUGUGGUUAACAGUGAAGCAACUCUUCGGUUUGCCCUUGAGACAGGUUGUUCCUGUUGACUAAUAUAUGCUGACUAGCAUACUUACAUUAGAUGCUGGUAAUACCACCCGCAAUACAUGUUCCAAGCCUUUAAGCUUCUAUAUAUUAUUAAGCAUUAAUACAGCAGUUAUAUAGCCCAGAUUGGCCUGUAACUUUAUUAUGAUCCUGUUCACUUAUGCUAAGUGUCCAAUAACACCUCUCAUUAGCUGAAAUUAACCCUAGCUUAAGUAGAUGUGCAAACUGUCGGGAUCAGGACAUGUGAGCAUUGCCUCAUAGCUAACGAGAGGGAGUUACCCUGACAAGCCUGUUUAUCCUGGUACAGGCCUAAAGGGUGUCCUCAUGCCCCUUAAUACCUGGAAUGCAUGUGGUCAGAAGAACAAAAGAUACACUAUGGUACCAGGAACAAACAAGGUGAAAAGCUGAUUAGUGAUAUCCAGUUUCAGGUGAUGUACAUACUAGCUUUCACUGGUAAAUAAGUAGGGUAUAAAAAGAUGGAUUUAGGGAUGUCACUUUGGGGCGCACACAUGGCACGGGGCUGCUCUGCGGAGACUGGAAUCAUAUAGAACCUUUCUCUAGACCAUCUUAAUAAACCUGAGUGACAUUGAUGGUUUAGUCUCUUGAGUAGAUUUCAUAAUGAACCAAAGGGUGGUGAAGCGACUGACUAGACAAUUUACCCACAGUUCUAAGGCUUCUUUUGUGGCCUGGGUUCAGUGGUUCCACUCCCUUGGCUGAGGGGGGCGGGCAUCGGCGCACCCAUCACCAACUUCUUUACCAAAUGAGGCAGGGGCUAUCUAGCCUCAUUCGCUUCUCAGGCCUGCUUCGUUCUCCAAGAACCACCUGUCUUGUGCACUGAAAGAAGCAGAGGUCCUGGGGAAAAUAUAGUGCCCAAUCAUGUAAAUUACAUUAUCAUAAUUCAUAGGCACAAGGGAGCUGAAUUAAAGCUGCACGGGCGACCUUAGCGCUGGCAUUUCCGGAGUUCAGGAUGUUGCAAUCAAUGUUUUGAAGCUCCCGCUCUGGCCAUCUCUCUUGUAUCCCAAGUGCAGCGCUGACUCGGCUCAAGGAGGUGGGCAUAGAUAAUCCUCGCUUGUAACCGUUCCCUGCUACAGGCAAUCAGAGAUGCUGCUGCAUGGCCUUGCUUAGUGCAACUGUGCGGCGCUCCCACAACGCGCUCUUCUGGUGAGUUUCCUGCCCUCCCCCUGGCAGGCCCCCAUUCCCACCCUCCCACCCCCCCCUGUUAGGCUGGGUCUGAAAAGUAAUCUCUGUCCUGAACCCAGAGGAGAGAGGCAUCAAGCAAAGUAAAAAAAAAACGAGGAGUCCUUGUGGCACCUUAGAGACGAAUACAUUUAUUUGGGCAUAAGCUUUCGUGGGCCAAACCUUAAAACUAAAGCUUAUGCCUUAGUCUCUAAGGUGCCACAAGGACUCCUUGGUUUUUUUGCUUAUACAGACUAACACGGCUGCCACUCUGAAACCUAUCAAACAAAGUGUUGCCCUGAGCCUGUGCCUGCAGAUGGCGCCCAGCACCCUUAGCCUGAGAUUUUAUUCCUCCCAGACAACACUUUAAACCACCCAUUGCCUUUGGGUUACGACUGACUCAAUCACAUAUCAUAGAAUAUCUGGGUUGGAAGGGACCUCAGGAGAUCAUCUAGUCCAACCCCCUGCAGGGACAGACUUAACCUAAAAACAGGACUUGUGGCACCUUAGAGACUCACAAAUGGAUUUGAGCAUAAGCUUUCGUGCGCUACAUCUCACUUCAUCGGAUGCAUUCACUUAUGCUCAAAUAAAUGGGUUAGUCUCUAAGGUGCCACAAGCCCUCCUUUUCUUUUUGCGGAUACAGACUAACACGACUGCUACUCUGAGACUUAACCUAGAGAAGCCUGGUUCAGUUAAAUCUCCACCCGGGGUCUGUGCUGUUGAAGUGCAAGGCAAUGAAUGUUACUUCUCUCAUCUCAGUUUUGCCCCUUCUGCCUAACUGACCCCUACCAACCAAAGCCAAAUAGAAAUUAGUAAAAUCGAAACAAAUGUUAACCCUAUCCCUGAGUUUUUGCCCUGAAAAGGGAGAAGUGCCAUAAAAUCCACUUUGGACUUUGCUAUUGCUAUUGAUGGUACUUGGAAAGUGAUCGCAUGCUGCGAUGGUGGGCAGUAGUACAAAACUCAAUUAGAUAGCUAGAUCCUCAGAAAUAUUCCUCGGGCCUUGCACAGAAUCCAGCCUGAAGCAACCGAGUCUGCAGUUAGUCAAACAUAUGGCUGGCCUAACUUAAAGGCUACCGAAAUCUCAUUGGGGCAACCAGGGUAGAGUCCCGAGCUCCGUGCUCCUCUGUAUUUUACCUACUAGCCAGCCAAGGUAUUUGAAAAUUUCUGCUGGACUCUUUCAGCUGUGAGAAAGUUACUGUGACUGAGAGUUAAUUAUCCUGCUUGCUUUAUACUAAACCCAGUGCACACCGUUGGGCAUUCAAACUAAGCUGAAUUCUUCUGUGACUCUGUCUUUCAAGCCAAAGUGGCCUUUUGGCUGCUAAAAAGUGGCCAGGGACUUCCCACGAUUCCUGUGUUUGUUGACGCUGUUUCUUAGCUAUUGAGCGUCAAAAAUACACAUCCAGUGAAACAUAAUGGGCAAAAGUAACCCCUGAUGAAAGGCCACUGGCGCCAAUGAUUUCAGCUAUUCCACUGCAACCAAGAGCACAAGCCAGCUCCAUGUUGGCAGUGGGGACUUUUCUGAGGUUUUUUUGUUGGGGAGGAGCAGCUGUGUUCCUCGUUUCCAUGAAUAACGUGUUUCCCGUUGCGUUUGUGGGUGUGAAUCGAUGUCUCCUGAGCCCGUCCCGGUACACAUGCACACUCACACAGACACUACACUCUCUCUCGCACAUGGGCCGAUUGCUCAUGUAUGUGCAGAUGAGACAGAAAUGAAAUGACACACUAAGAGCUCUGACGUAGGCCCCUGGCACCUGAGGCCCCUCUGGCUUUAGGAGACUCCCGGAGUUCCUCAGUGGAAGAAGGGGCUUGGAGCAGAUGCUGAUUUCAGCCACGCUCACCUUCCAUCCCCUCCUUUGCUGCACCAGGCACAGAGGGUGACCAAACGCCCCACCACUUGUGCUCCAGUGUUCAUUCCCACUGGCGGGGAAAGGCCAGGAAAGCCCCACUCCCCAGUCCAGAGGUUUGGCUGCUGGAACAAUGUCUGGGACUAAACGGCUCGGGGGGCUAGGCCCGGCCAGCCCCCUCUCCCAGAACAAUACCGGGUGCUGUGCCUCAGAUUCUCCAUUCCAGUCAAUAGGAGAGGGACGUCCACAGUCCCCAGGCAAAGCAGACCGCCCAGGGUUUUGCUCCAGCUCCGAUGUCGUGGGGUUUGUGCUGCAUCCCGUCCCCACCUUCUGAGGGGGCGGCGGGGGGGGGGGGGAGUUUGGUAAUGACAGCAUUGCUUAGCGCUAGUUGUGAUGCCCCUUGACUCCGCUUGGAACGCCCUGUCUGUUCCAAAGAAACACCCCGACUGUUGGCUUCCAGUGUGCACCAGCCUCGAGUCUAAUCACACCGUGCCCAGUGGCAUUCCUGGGAUGGGUGCUAUCAAAACGUACCGACCCUCAUUUUCUUUGCUAAAAAAAUGUUUCUUCAGAUAAAAAGGAGAUUUUAAAAAACCUCCUGUUGUUGUAGCUUCUCUGCCACAGACUCCUGGUGUGACCUUGGCAUGUCACUUACUCUCUCUGGGGAAAGGAUGAAGAUCGUUGCUUUGUCCCACUCUUUGUCUAGACUGCAAGCUCUUCAGCACAGGGCCUGGCUCUUGCUACGUGUUUGGACAGUUCCCAGCACAAACUGGAAUACAGAUGAUUCAAUUCUGAACUCAGCGGCAACAGCGGAAACCUAAUCAACCCUUGCAGUGGUUUUCUGUCUAAUUUAAUCGGUCUGUCUGUAGGCAUUUUUAGGGCAGUAUCUUUGUGCCAUUGACUUCAUCUGAGUAACUCUGGUUUUACCCUGGUGUCCAUGAGAUCAGAAUCUGGCUCUAAGUCCUUCCAACUCCCCCUUUUAAGAUUCAACUCCCUUUGGCAAAUGUCCCAGGAAAGGAAUUUGGUUUCUUUUGAAGUAAAGCUUUCAUCCCCUCCUGCUCAAAAAUCUCCCAUAGUCAUUCCCUUUCUUCUUCCUUGACUGAGUUUACACGAUAAUAGAGGUGGAGAUCCAGAGCUGAAUUUUGCAGCAGAGCCAUGCCGUUACCCAGCUCCUCUGCUAUGGUCGAGGAACACAGUUACAGCUUGUGUGUGUGUUCGCACGCAAGGGUCAGUUACUGCCCCGGGGAUCAGCUGGCUAUUCCCCCUAGGCCAGCAGCAUGGCAGGGUGGGAUAGCAAGCGCACACUCAGGUUCUCCUCCUGAGGCUAGGUCUGGAGUAGCCCAGCGUAGUGCCCUGUAUCCCAGCUUCUCUGGGCCAAUAUCUCUCUAGCAAGCAGGGGUGCCCCCCGGCAGUUUCUGCGUGGUACGCACAGCUGACCCAUUCUCCCUUCCUUGUCCUUGUUGUAGCAGGUCUGGAGGCUGUCACUGAGUGAGUCCAGUGGGCAGAACACAGGGGCCGGCCCGUGGUACGCACCGUGCGUAAGGAGCAUACAGCUGUGGGUGCCUGACCCUUGUUGGUCACAGGGUCAGCGAGUGGACAUGCUCCAUCCCAGUGACCUUGUCCUCGUCCCUGGACGGAGCAGCCAGACUCUGCCUGCCUAGUGCUCUCCGCAGAAUCAGCUGGCCUCUGGCUGCAGAACAGGUCUUGUGCCGCCAACAGGUCAAGAGGUGCCAGCAAAGGUGGCGUCUGUCACUGCUUUUCCUUUUCUCUUCUGUGCCCUGUUUUCUAGCCCUGCAAUGAUCAGCUGCUGGGUGAGCACAGAGGGACCAAAGCCCAGGACAGCACCUCCGUGCAUUUAAUGAACAAAGGGAAGUGGGCCAGAUGGGCUCCGUGUCCAGCAUCAGUGAUUAACUGCAGAGCUAUGAAAGGAGAGAGGAAGAAACGUUUCUUGUAGCAGGUUUCAGAGUAACAGCCGUGUUAGUCUGUAUUCGCAAAAAGAAAAGGAGUGGGUUUGUGGGGGCGGGAUGGAUUUGUGCUGGAAAUGGCCCAGCUUGAUUAUCAUACACAUUGUAAAGAGAGUGGUCACUUUAGAUAAGCUAUUACCAGCAGGAGAGUGGGGUGGGGGGAGAGAAAACCUUUCGUAGUGGUAAACACCCAUUUUUUCAUGGUUUGUAUGUAUAAGAACAUCUUCUGUAUUUUCCACAGUAUGCAUCCGAUGAAGUGAGCUGUAGCUAAUGAAAGCUUAUGCUCAAAUAAAUUGGUUAGUCUCUAAGGUGCCACAAGUCCUCCUUUUCUUUCUUGUAGCAGCAAUUCAUCAGCUCUGGCUGGGUGAGAGCUGCCCUGGAGCUGUUGAAGUGCAGAUCCUAGAGCCCAGUGGUUGAUGCUAUAGGAGCCAGACUUUCAUUUUGCCCUUUCCUAAGAAAAAAAGUGUUCCCUUUCCUGUGGCCUCCAAACUAGGAUUUUCAGGCCUGUGAAAUACACUCUAUGGGGCUAUAGGCCACCGGCUCUCCUCUGCCCUGGUGUGAAUCUGAAGUGACUCCACUGAAAUCAGUGCGUUUAUUUCAGAUCUGGACCAGUGUGUACCUCUGAAUAAAAUCUGGACUCCUUUUGCUAGAGAUGAAUCUGGAUCAACACCCCAGGUCUGGCCCCCUGGAUGCAGGCCUGUGUUUGGAUCCCGUUUUUGCAGCUCGAACCUCUCUCAGCAGGCCGAAUCCACCCAGCCUGAAAUAUGGCAAGGUUUGGGUGCAGAUCUGGAUUUUGAACACUCCUCAGGGUCCUCAGGAGCCUUUGCUGCAGGGAUUUGGGGAGAUAUGGGGCCUGAUUCUGCUCUUGGUCACCCCAGGGGAAAGCCAGUGCCAGUGAGAUCAGAGUCAGGGCUGGGACAUGUGGUGCCCGUCUCAGAGCUCAGACUCAGAUGCAUCUCUCCCUGCAUCACAGACCCGAGUGGAGUGUUGUAAAGGGGCAGGUGGGGGGUGAGUCUCACCUGGCUUGGGGUUUUGCCUGGCUGAGCUGGGAUCUCUCACCCCACAACAGGUCACCCCAUUCUUCCCUUCCACUGUCUUUUCUGGGAAGUGACCCAAUAACCUUCUACCUGCAAUUCCCCCCCAGCCCCCACCCCGCUAUCUCCCCCAUCCUGCCUUCUUCAGGGGAGAAAGACAGCCAGAAAGGUUGUAUCACCAGGGUCUCCCAGAGGUCAAUGUCCAGCCCACUCCCCAUUCUAUGGCAGAGAGCUGACCCCUCAACUCAAGACUUAGCAGGAAAGUAGAGGGACUGACUGGUUUUCAGCUAGUUUGAUGUGAAAUGUACUUUUCUGGGAUGGUAGCUGCUUGCUACUUGCCCAACCACAUUGUUAAUUUCUGUUAUUCUCUCUG